UGCGGCUGCCGAUUUUACCCAGAAUGCCUCAGGGCUCAGGCUUUGCAUUGGGGAAGCGGCGGUUAAAUUUCAAAAGCGGCGGGAAGGCGGGUGAGAAUGCCGGACGCGGCUUUGAGGCUCCUCCCUCCCGUUGGCGUCAGGCCACCCCUGCUCGGGGUUUGGGGCGGGCCAGCCUGUGACGCUCAAGAGCCUGCCGGGAGAGGCGGAGUCUUCUCAGUCAGGAGGAGGAACGCUGAGGUGGGCAGGUCCUUGUGGAGCCAGGAAGGGAGCUGGGGCACGGCGCUCAGGACCGUGACUGGAUGGGAGCCGGUUAGGCACCGUUUGAACUCCUCGCCGCCGCCCCCCCCCCCCCCCCCCCCGUUGCCCCAUCAGGGCUCGCACCCUCCCCGAGAGAUAGGCCGGGUGGCCGCGGGCAGAGAUGGGCGCAGGAUACUGCCCCAGCCACCGGAAUCCGCUGCCGCUACUAGUAAAGAGUUGCAUAGCCCACCGGCUCUCACUGUCCUUCACUGGCUGGGGCCCGUGGAAGGCAACUGCUAGUAAAAGUCCUGGGUUCAAACCCUGCUGAAGAUCGAUGUGGGUGAGCAGGAUCAUUGGCUUUCAUGCGAUGCUCCAGAGAGUGAGAAACAGCAGCCUUGAAAUCAGCAACUUUUCCAUUUUCGACAGGAGCUUUGCUUCUGAGGUGAGUUUGGAGAAGACUGUUGCAAAUUGGAUAAAUAUUUGAAAUUGACACUGACUGUUCAGCAGACAUGACAGGUGUAGUGCAUUUUAAAGUGGAAAGUACUGGUAAGAUAUCCUCUAUGAAUUGCCAGUGCUCAUCUUGCAGCUGAAGCGUUCAGGCAUCAGAUUGUUUUGUUGCCGAGCUAUCUGAAAGCAGAGCUGUUAUAGUCCACCUUUGCUCACUGAGUCUUGAAAACAUGUCAUAUACCGAAUUUCAGCGAGUUUUACACAAUUGGAUCAGACGGUGUUGCUUAACCUGAAGCUGUGUUUGUUUUCUUUCGAGUGCUUUUGCAGCCACAGUGUUGUCGUGGAAAUGUGCAACUAGUCUACUUGCAGCUGCAAUAGCCGAUCCACACUACUUGAAGAAAACCCAUCAUUAAUGGCUAGCUGCAAAGUAUGGGCAAAACAAUUGACAGAUUCCGAUGUAACAUACCUCGGUGUGUUGGCGAGCACAAUGUUGCUUGCAUUAUCGUGUAUGCACGCCAAGACACGGCCUGCCAGACCCCAUCUUUCCACUGUAAUUUAAUUUUUCAGCAAGGUUUUCUACUGUAUGUUGUUCUGCCAUACUUUCUGUUUGUAGAACUGCAGAUCAAAGCUCCCAAUGUUCAAUAUAAUGGCAAGUGACAGUCAUGUAGCUUUCUGUAGUUAAUGCUGUCCAGCAGUCAGUAGUGAAAGCUAUUUUAACAGUGUUUUCCAAUUUUUCCUGGACAGACUUCACACAGCCUUCAUAGCAGUUCUCUAGUCUUGAGGAUAUAGUCUGUCUCACAGACACACGGUAUUCAGGUACUGCAAAACCCAUCAAUGCACGAAAACCUGUACCCUCAAUGGUACUUACGGGCAGCAUAUCUGUAGUGAUCAUGGUUAAAGCUCUGUAUUUGUCAUAGAGUUCACGGGCGGUAGCAGAGCUUCAGGCGUGGCGGCAGCUGGGAUGCCAGGUGGCAGCAGAGCCUCAGGCAUAGGGCUGGCAGCUGGGAUGGACCCCAGGUGCAGGAAGCCCUGCGUAAAAUGCGGGGGUGCUGCAACACCCCCGUACCCAUUGUUCCCUGGGUAAACGUUUAACCGUGUAACAGAUAGUAUUUGAAUUGGUUACACCGUUACUGUUUUUUACAUGUUAUUUCCAUCCCUAACAGAUAUGUUGAGGCAAAGUGAGCAAGUAUUUCAACAAUUGUUUGGGACAAUUUAGGGAACUCUUUUCUAACUGAGAACCAGAACUGAUCAAGAAGCAUAACUUUAAACUUGUCUCUCAAAAUGGAAUCACCAACAAGGUCAAGCAAAUUCUCUUAUGCAAUGGCUACCCUACAGAACUUACAGUGGCACAGCUGCACUGGUGCUGUAGUUCAGACAUUCUCCGAUGGGGGAGAGCUCUUAUAUUGACUUAAUUACUCCAGCCCCACAAGCAGUGGUCGGUAGGAGAGUUUCUCCCUCCCGCUGACAUAGCGCUGUUCACGCUGGCGCUUAGGUCAGUGUAAUUUAUGUCACACAGUGGGGUGGCUUAUUCACACCCCUGAGCGACAUAAAUUAUACUGCAGUAAGUGGUAGUGUGUACAUAACCUAAACCCCAUGGCACCCUUAGCCUUUGCUACAAAGUCCUCUGAAAAGAGACUUAGAACCCAGACAAAUUCUUGCAAUUCACUUGCCUCUUUUGGGAAAAUAUUUGGGGAAUUACAUGCAAAGCUAAGACAAAUGAUCCAGAAAGACACAGUGCAAGUGGUGGAGAGGGUCUUGAAGUCACAGUAGCAAGGCUUGAAGUCACCAGGGGCAAUAGAGGCCUCAAAAAGGCUGGGGUUCCAUGUGCCACUGUUCUCAGUCUAUGAGGGAAACUGCCUCUGGGAGCAAUCCUGCAGGUACAGCUGGGAGGAGUUGUUCCCAGUAGCCUGUAUUGUCCAGGAGCUGGACAAUGUGACUGGGUGUUGGUUUGCAGUACUGCAUUGCCUUCUGCCCUAAUAGUAACUUGUAGGGCAUUUUGGCUUUGUAUUGCCACCAGGAGUUGCCUCUGCAUCUUCCUGUCUUUUCUCAUACUGUCUUUGGCCAUGACAAUGCUUUCUCUGGCAACUGUCAUGCUCUCCUUUUCCACUGCAGUGAUUUCCCGGGAAAGCUCUUUGUCAAAUUGCCUCUCUGUCCUCAGAUACUGCCUCCACCUCUGCAUUUUUUUUUAAUUUGUUUUGAGUGGGCACUGUGUAAUGAUGCCUGUGAACAUUUCAUCAUGACUUUUCUGUUUUCUCUCCAGCUACUCAGUCACUGACAAAGUCCCUGACCUCAAUGGUCUGGCCAGUACAGGUGCCACAGUGACGGGGUAUUAACAAAAAGACAGUUGUUGUUCAUAUUUUGGGGAUGGCUUUGAUAGCAUAUUUUUAAAUGCAUUUCUGGUUUUACAUCCCUGAGAUUCUUCUCAGCUUGAGGGGGGGAACUCAAGAGAUGGUAAGUGGUAUGUGAAUUGGGAUUUUUGUCCAUUCGGUAUGUGCUGUUUGGCUUUGUAGUUGUACCUUGGAGAUUUGGGGGGAGGGGAUAUAUGUUCCUGGUCUUCCUUCACAGUUUUCCUGUGCCUUAGAGGUGCUUAUAUAGCAGGGGUGGGCAAACUUUUUGGCCCGAGGGCCACAUCGGGAUUGUGAAACUGUAUGGAGGGCUGGAUAGGGAAGUCUGUGCCUCUCCGAACAGCCUGGGCCCUGCCCCUAUCUACCACUUCCUGCCCCCUGACUGCCCCCCUCAGAACCCCAAACCCAUCCAACCCCCCCUGCUCCUUGUCCCCUGACUGCCCCCUCCCAGUACCUCCUGCCCCUAACCGCAACCCAGGACCCCACCCCCUAUCCAACCCCCCUGCCCCCCAUCCCCUGACUUCCCAGCCCCAAAACUCCGCCCCAUCCAGCCGCCCCCCUGUCCCCUGACUGUCCCGCCCCCCGAGACCUCCUGCCCCUUACCCAACUGCUCCCUGCUCUCCCCGCCCCCUUACCAUGCUGCUCAGAGCAGCAGGACUAGCUUAUUGGAAAGCCUGGGAGGUGGGCAGGUGCAAGCUGUGCUGCCCGUUCAGUGGCAUGGCUGUGGGAGAGGGGGUACAGUGGGGGGAGGGGCCGGGGGCUAGCCUCCCUGGCCGGGAGCUCAAGGGCCAGGCAGGACAGUCCCGUGGGCCGGAUGUGGCCCGUGGGUUGUAGUUUGCCCACCUCUGAUAUAUAGUAUCAGAAGAGCGAGUGGGGUGAAUCUAGGGGUGAGUUCUAUAGUACUCCCUCCAACAUUUAGGCUGUCAUUACCCUGAGGUGGGUGAGGAGGAGGCAAAGUGUGACCUUUUUUAAAAAGGCAAAGGACAGACCAGUGAGAGAUGCUGUGAAGUUAUUCACCAUGAUGAUUCCUCCAGAAGUGCUCGAGGAGUGGAAGGAGGAGCUUCUGACUGCAAGCUUUCCCUGGAGCGGGGGUGGGAGGCCAUGCAGCUCUUCCUCAUAAUCUCUGAACAAUUUUUCAGCCUUACCUUUUGCUUUAUCUCCCCUACAGACAUGUUGAAUGUGCAGAGAAAAAUGGAUAGGGUUCUGCAAUGAUUGCCUGAAGCAUUCACUGUUACCAGUCUGUUAGAAUGAGCAUUACAGGGCAUUUGUAGGGGAUCAGUACUGUUUGUCGCUUUUACAGGCAUGCAAUGUCAAUGUCUACCUCAUGUAAAGUGAGAACACUAACCAAACUCUUUUUCUGUAACCACUGCCUCAGUAAACAUUACACUUUUCACAAAAGAAUGUUUUUCUUAUUUGAAUCCCCUCGGGGAGGGAGGGCAUAAAAACUGCAACUGUUUGCUGCCAGCCACCAUUUUGAGGUGGCAAAUGGGGGAGGGGAAGAUAUCAUUUACCAAGCAAAGGGAAGGGGAAGUAAAAAUAGAUACAUGGGCAUGUGCCUUCUAGAGUGUGGUCCUGAAAAUGGUCACUAACUGGGCUUCAUCAUGAGAUAGAGGCCAAUUAUGUGGCCAAAGUAUCCACCAUUUUGAAAAGGUGUGUGGAAGACCAAGGGACAAAUAGAUAGCAUAGGCUGAUAGAGGGAGCAAGGCAGGGACCUGGGACUCAGAAAAUCUUCUAGCUCACAACGCUCUAGAGUGGCUGCAGCCAUAGGGCACCUCGAACAGAAGCUAGUACAACCCUAUAACAUAAUACAUUAAAAUAUAAAUGUUAAAUUAUAAAAAAGACUUACAUGCCAAGAUUCCCUUCAUAGGAUCUGCCUGCUCAGUCUUGGUCAGGGUCUCAACACAGUUCCAAGAAGCUGCUCAAGGCAUAUUGUGGAGCUUUUGGAAUAUUUCCAUAGCUAUUGUGAUAAAAUGGAAUCCAGGAGCCAAUAGACAAAAUCUGGCUGUGCUCCAGCUUAUAAACAGGGGAGGGAACAUCUGGUCAACUUGACCCCAGAACAGGGGAGGGCAUGUAGGUAAACAGAGAGGCCAAUAAUGAUCACCUGAAAAGUAGGGUAGGAUAAGAAUUGGAAGACUGUCAAAGCAGUUUUCAGCAGCAUUGCCUACACAUGAACAAUAGACUGAAUUAACUUGAUUUGUAGCAAAGUUAAUAACUUCAAAAGAGGACUCCAGAAUUUGUGAUAAAUGCAGGGUCAGUGCACUAUAAUGAAUUGCAGCCUGUGUACACAAGUGUUUUCAAAUCAGAUUAACUCAAUUUAGUCCUGUUUAAACUCCCCAUGUAAACCAAGCCUCUCUUAUUAUGUGGCUGAAGAGUGCCUAGCAUAUGGGGCCUUGAUUUUAGUUGGGUCCUCUAGCAAAAGCUCUGACAGUGGGGACCAAAAUGGUCUUUGUCACUAUAAAAUUGUGAGACUUAGCAACACUAAUCAUUGUUGCUGACCUCAAAAGUUUAAAAAUCAUGAACCAGACUCCAAAAAUCAUGAAUAUAAAAAAUGAUUCUGGUCUAUCGUCUGAUUUCUGAACUCCUAAAAUUGUCGCACAUGCAUUGAGGAUGGGCAGGAGUCCAGAAAUCAGAUGACAGACCAGAAUCAUUUUUUAUUAAUCAUUUUGCCUCCCUUCCCUUUGGUAGGUAAAUCCUGCUCCUAUCCCAUUUCCAUUUUGUGGUCUGUCAUAUUGUUCCCCACUUUGCUUUUCUCUGCUUUGCCCUCAACUGCAGGCUUCCCUCCCUGCAGAGUAUGGCCUUUUCUGUGCCCUCUCCUAUUUUUUUUUCCUCCUUUUCCUUACUCUCUACUACCUUGUUUAAUAUUUUCCCCCUUACUCAUGCAAUCUUACACACAGUAUGGAAACUAACCUCUAAACUACUGGAAUAGCCCCUGCAUGUUGUUGGCAGCCAAUGAAUAAGAGCAGCUUGAGGAACCAUAUAUUCAUUUUUCAGAACAAAUCACUGAAAAUGCUCUUGGAUACCAGAGUGGUAAGAUGGUUUGAAAAUAAAGAGAUGCAUUCUGUAGCUAUUUAGCCAAAUCUCAAAAUUUCUAACUUCAUAUGUAGUUUCAUUUUCAUGUUAUUUUGAUACAUUCUUCAGAGGGAUCUGCUUGCUCCCUUUCAACAUCUUUUUAAAUGUUACUAUUGUUCUGCUAGUUAUCAAAGCGACAACACUGGGAAAAGAUUUCCUAAAAUAAAAGAGCAUGAUGGUAGAACUCUAAACUGUACAUAUGCAGGUAAACCACCAGAUGGCAUGUAUCUGUCACUUAUUCAGUCACUUGUUAUGAAAUGACUGGUGAAUCUUAAUGAGUGAACAAAUAGGCUUAUAGCUAAUGAACACUAAAUGACUGUUUAUAUAGGAAGAUAGGCAAGGAAUAGCAGUGACAAGAUACUAUAAUUUGGUUGUAUUUUCUUUAAGGCGGUAUUAACUGAUUUACAUAAAAUAUGAACUGACCAAACCAUCACCAUAAUUUGAACCAAACAUCAGUUGAAGUUCAAAUAAGUAACUCCAAAUGGCUGGGUCAGGGAAAGGAAGAGGACGUGCUGCAUUUACUUUCAACAUCGAGGCUAUUGGCUUUGCCAAAGGUGAAACGCUACCUGAAGUAGCAUUCAAGCCCCGUCCACUGUUUCCUCCAACAGAUUUUAAGCCAGUGCCUCUGAAAAUGGGAGAGGAAGAGGAUUAUAUGUUGGCCUUAAAGCAAGAAUUUAGAGCAAGUAUGAAAAAAAUGCCUUAUUUUAUGCGAAACGAAGAUGAAAAUCAAGGAAUUGAAAAAUAUAGUAAAAAGUACCUGCAGAUGAAAAAAGAAUCCAUGGAAUGGACCCCAGAUUGGAGAAGGCUCCCAAGAGAGAUGAAGCCAAGGAAAAAGACCAAAAAAGCAGGUGAAAAAACGAAAAAGGCAAAAGUUGCCACACCCACAAGUCAUGUGGAUGUGUUGAAAAAAAUUGAGGAGUUGGAAAAGAAAGGUGACGAAGAAAAAUCUGAUGAGGAAAAGGAGAAAGAAAAAGACAAAGAGGGUGAAGAAGAAGAAGAAGCAGCAGCAAAUGAACAAGAAGAAUAUGAUGAAGAGGAACAUGAAGAGGAAAACGACUAUAUUGCUUCAUAUUUUGAAGAUGGCGAUGACUUUGGUGCUGGCAGUGAUGACAAUAUGGAUGAAGCAACCUAUUAGUUAUUUAUAUUAGAUUGUGUCCUACCCUGGCCUUCUAAUACAUUCACUAAACCAUUUGGACCCAGUUGUAGGUGGGCUGAGCACCCGCAACUCUUGAUGCAGCUACUUGAAGUUGGAGCGCUGAGUUCACCCUCAGAUGAAAGGGCAUUUUUUUCUGAUUUAUUUAACUGAAUUGAAAAAUGGGAGACCUAGCUGCCAUAUUACUGUUCUUCCCAAAUGCUUUGAAGACAGAUAUUUAUCACUGCAAGAUAUUAUCUGUGUCUGGGAGUUCUAGAGAACCUUGCAGUGAUAAAUAUCUGUCUUCAAAGCAUUUGGGAAGAACAUAUAUGCCUUUGUAUUGCUUCUGCUGCACUGGAAAAGAAUAUACAUUUUGACUGAAUUGUGCCUAAGCAUUUGCACUUCUCUAUGCAUUGGAGGGAUCAAAUCCUGUUCCGGAUGUGAAGUCAUAUUUCAGAGGAUACUGAAGUCAAUAGCAAAACUUGUAUUGACUUAAGCGAACCAGGAUUUGGUCCUUUCUGAACACAAGCUGUUCUUACUUAGCUGCUGACUUUUUAAAGGAAUUUAUAUAAUUUCUGUAAUCAGGGGAUUGAAAUCUAACUGAACACUGAGCACUUUCUUGAACAAAGUAGCCUAAAAGUACUUUGGUACUGUGGACUAAAAAGUAAGGAGAUAAUUUUGAAAGGCUCUUGCAUUCUAAUCAACAGACUUUCAUAAUUCAGCACUUUGACGAAUAGGGAGCAUCUUUCAAACCAGUGCUUGUUGGGUGUAAGGAGACUUAAUAAAUGAGAUUAGAUUGUGUUUUAUGAAUUACUGUUUACUGGAAGUGAGGUCUGGGGCUAAUUAAUAGUUUCAUUUAGAGAGGGUUUGUGGCUGAGGUUUGAGCAAGGGAGUGGGAAACCAGGAAAUCCUGAUUUCUAGGUUUGGCUCUUCUCUGUGGCCUUGGACAAGUCCCUUAACAUCUCUGCAUCAGUUUCUCCAGCUGUUAAAUGGGGAAAAUACUACUUCCUACCUCAUAGUACUGUUGUGAGAGUUGAUGUUUAUAAAAAAAUACUAGCUAUAUAAAUGUGAAAUAUUGUUUUUAUUUAAUUUACUUCCCAGCACAGCCAAAAAAUCAGACUGUAAAAUAAAGGUACAUAUACUAAAAGAGUAAUAUGCUAUGGUAAACUGUGAGGGUGGUGAAAACAAUACCAUAAAUGCUAUAAAUAUUCUAUAUUUGUGGCUGAAUAUGUUGUGACUCUAAUCUUUCUAUUACAGUAAUCCUAGGAGUUAUUUGUAACAAUAGUUGGUAGGUACAACAUAUUCAAAUGUAUCUUUAAUAUUUUUGUGUUUCUAAGCAAUUUAUAAUAGGUCUUAUUUUUUAAAAAACUGUUUGUUUUGCUUAAAUUCACUCAAAAUGAAUAGAAAGCACUGGAUCCUAAAAUCUCAGCAUCAUCUGAAACUGUCACUGUUUCAGUUAUGGCCUUUGAUGUCUUUUUGAAGUAGCCACAGGAGCUGUCUUCAUAAAAGGAGAAGCAUGUGGUUUUAUAGAAUACACUUUAAAUUUCCUUUCUGCCAAUCUUCAAGGAAACUUAAAGCUUAUUCUUCUUAUUGUUUUUUGUUUCCUUUAUGCUGCUGUUUUUCUCUGAAGUAUUCCCAGCUGGACCCAUAACUACUCUCAAAGACGGAGAUGCUGAGGAUAAAUUUAAAGCAAAAUCAAUAGAAACCAUUUUAGCUGAUUUGAGGAUUGUGGGGGGCUUCAGAUUUUUUAAUUUAAUUUAAAAUUUAAUAAAAAUGAAUGAAAAAUUGAAAAUAAACUUUUUCCUCUAGAAUUAUUAAGCUCAGAAAUGUCACUAAAAGGCUCUAACCUAUGCUUUUGUUGUUCCUCUGCACAAAUUGGAACCUGUGUUAGUUGAUCAGAUUGGUCCUCUUUCUUUUCGCUCUUUAGCUGUUGAGAACUAAAAAAUGUGUUCUCGUCUAGUGAGAAACUGGUUAUUUGGGUUUUUUUUGUUUUUUUUUUAAAUCUUGUAAGCUUUUAAAGUUUGUUUCUUGAUGGUUGGGGAACACAUUUGCCAAACAAUACUUUACCUCAGUGCUAACUCUGAAACAAUAGAGAGAUACAAUCAACAAAAAACUAUUUACAUAUACUAAUGAUUGUAUAACUUGGGGCCUGGCUGUAUUUUUUUCCCCUGUGUUAAUUAAAAUGCUCUGAUAAACAAAAUGUGAAGCAAUUCCAAAGGAUGAGAAAACUAAAUGCAAUACAGGGCACACUUUAAAUGUAUAUUUUAACUUGAUUAUUUUUAAAUGUUAAAUUGCUAUGUAGGAAGAUACAGCAAAACAAUGUAAAACAACUUAUUUCUGUAUUAUUAAAUACUAUGCUAUAUUGCAACA